CCUCCUCCUCCUCCUCCCGGCUCCACAUGCUGGCCUCUCUCUAGCCCUCCAAGACGCCCUGCUCCUCUUUGGGGCUCCAGAACCAGCCAGUGAGACCUCCUCCACACCACACUAGAGCCCUGAUCCGGAUCCUGGUCCACAGACCUGGGUCUGCUUCUGGAGCUGCCGAUUCCCCCUUUCUAUCCCUUGUCCUUCUUUAAACGAAUGCCUUCUAUCUGACGGAGUCAGGCCACCUAUGUCCCUGUCGUGAGUAUGGAGCUGCAGAAGCUAACAAAUGGAAAUCGCCAUGACGACGCUGUUCCCGUGGAGGCAGGGUAUGUUUCCUGGCCCACUGUGCAUUCUUGCUCACCCGACUGUGUUCAUAUCAGCAAGUUGUGUGGUGUUUGUUUUUCUGUUUGAUGGAUACGACAGGAUCCCACCAGAGGAGGAGAAGUUCCUGCAGAAGCGUGAUGGAUCAAAGACGCCUCAGUUCACAGAUUUUGAGGGUAAAACCUCCGUUGGUAUGUCCAUCUUCAACCUGAGCAAUGCCAUCAUGGGCAGCGGCAUUCUUGGUCUGUCAUACGCCAUGUCCAACACCGGCAUCGUCCUCUUCCUGAUCCUCCUGACAUGCAUCGCCGGGCUGUCCUGCUACUCCGUCCACCUGCUGCUCCGCAGCGCUGGGGUUGUGGGUAUUCGGGCCUACGAGCAGCUCGGCCUGAGAGCUUUCGGUCAACCGGGGAAGAUCAUCGCCGCUGUCAUGAUCACGCUGCAUAACAUUGGAGGCAUGUCCAGCUACCUGUUCAUCGUCAAAUCGGAGCUGCCGCUGGUCAUCCAGGCCUUCCUGGGCCAGACGUCCAACUCUGGAGACUGGUUCAUGAAUGGAAACUAUCUGAUCAUCAUCGUGACUGUGAGCGUCAUCCUCCCACUGGCCCUGAUGAAGCACCUGGGGUAUCUUGGCUAUACCAGCGGCUUCUCUCUGGCCUGCAUGGUCUUCUUCCUCUCUGCGGUCAUCUACAAGAAAUUCAACAUCGCUUGCCCUCUGGAAGUGUUCGGCAACUUCUCCGUGAGCGCCGUGUCAGAGGACUCGUGCACCACCAAAUACUUCACCAUCAACCAGGAGACGGCGUACACCAUCCCCAUCCUGGCCUUCGCCUUCGUGUGUCAUCCUGAAGUUCUUCCCAUCUACACAGAGCUGAGCAACCCCACCAGGAGGCGGAUGCAGGGCGUGGGCAGCGCCUCCAUCCUGGGCAUGUUCGUCAUGUACUCCUUCACCGCCACCUUCGGAUACCUGACCUUCUACGAGAACACUGAAGCAGAGCUCCUCCUUAACUACAGUAAGGUGGACCCUCUGGACUCUCUGAUCCUGUGUGUGCGUGUGGCCGUCCUAGUGGCCGUCACCCUGACCGUCCCCGUGGUUCUGUAUCCGAUCCGCAGAGCCCUGCAGCAGCUGCUGUUCCCAGAGAAGGCUUUCCAUUGGCUGCGGCACAUCGCCAUCGCCGUGUGUCUGCUCUUCGUGGUCAACCUGCUCGUCAUUCUCGUUCCGAACAUUAGAGACAUCUUCGGCAUCAGUGAACACACGAUGACGAUGAUCCUCUCAGGGGCGACCACGGCUCCCAGUCUGAUCUUCAUCCUUCCUGGACUCUUCUACAUCCGCAUCAUCCCCACUGACCUGGAGCCCAUGACCUCCAGACCCAAGAUCCAGGCUGCGUGUUUCACAGCUCUGGGUUUCAUAUUCAUGACCAUGAGCAGCACCUUCAUCGUGCUCGACUGGAUUAGUGGAGAAAAGAGAAAUAUCGGCGGCCAUUAAUGCUACACCCCAAACCUACAGCGACUCAAUGCUACACCCCAAACCUACAGCGGCUCAAUGCUACACCCCAAACCUACAGCGGCUCAAUGCUACACCCCAAACCUACAGCGACUCAAUGCUACACCCCAAACCUACAGCGGCUCAAUGCUACACCCCAAACCUACAGCGGCUCAAUGCUACACCCCAAACCCUCCAGCGGCUCAAUGCUACACCCCAAACCUACAGCGACUCAAUGUUACACCCCAAACCUACAGCGGCUCAAUGCUACACCCCAAACCUACAGCGACUCAAUGCUACACCCCAAACCUACAGCGACUCAAUGCUACACCCCAAA